CAUGUCGCGAACACAGUGCUAUCAACUCUUUGCAGAUCUACCUCCUCUGUCUUUGGAAGGAUAGCAGCACGCAGGGAAUUUGUAGCACUUGAGAUCAAGUACGAAAUUCAGAUUCACUCAGUCUCUGCCUGGUGAAACGAUCAAACCAGUGAAGACGACGACGACGACAGUCUUGACCCAGCACCCCAGUAUUAUUUUUUGCGAUUAUUCAUUCGGUGGGAUUAGAUCUAUUUGUCACUCCUGCAGACAUAGUUUGUACCCAUACAUAGCGGGUGGUCCGCAGUCGGAUACGGAAUAGCGCCACAAGUAAUAGUUAGCGACUCAAGGUUCCUGCAUGCUAGAAGUGCAAGUAGUCGAUUUUGUUACUGCACAAUGAGCGGGGAUCCUGACCAGAGACUCAAGGAGCUGGACUAUCUGCUGCCUCCUGUGCCAGAAAAGGCUGGCCUAUACCGCCUGGUGAAUGUGGUGGGAAAUCGAUGUGUUGUCUGUGGCCAUGGCCCGUUUGCCCUUAGCAGGGACGGCACAUUCGCGCUGAUGACGGGCCGGGUAGGAGACAAGCUGACCGUGCAACAGGCUAAGGCGGCAGCACGGCACACGGCCAUCUGCAUGCUGGCAUCGUUGCGCGCUGAGCUUGGCUCGCUGUCCCGCAUCGGCAGACUCGUGAGAACGUUUGGCCUGGUGAACGCAGAGCCGUCCUGCGCAGAGAGCAUCCCGCUCAUCAUUGACGGCUUCAGUGAGGUGAUGAGAGAUGUAUUUGGCCCUGAGUUUGGUGUGGGAGCUAGAUCGGCUGUUGGCGCUGGCACAUUACCAUUCAACAUACCAGUGGAGGUGGAGGCAGAGUUUGAGUUGAAGCCAGUACUCACUCCGCCCGGCCAGAGUGUACCCGUCACAGGUGGCAUGGACGUAUCUAAAGGUAGCAGCGGCGGUGAAAGCAAGCACAUCUACGAACGCCUAUUCGGCAUGCCAAGCAUCAUCAACUGCAUCGGCAGCUUCACGUCUCUGGGCGGCUCACGCAUGCCGCCAGAAGCGAGCAAAGCGAUGGUGGAGGCCUCUGAGCACUUCGUUGACUUGAACCGACUGCAACGCGAGUGCGGCAAGCGAAUUGCCAAGCUGUGCCGGUGUCCCACUGGCUAUGGUGCAUUCCUCACCACUGGAGCAUCUGCAGGUCUGGCAGUGACUGUUGCAGCCUGCAUUGCAGGCACAAACCCAGAUCUAAUCCACCGUCUUCCGAAAACCUCCAGCAACGACAAGCGCAUUGUGAUCAUGGACGGUGGCAAUGACAGACGCUGGGCUCAGUCUAUCGAGACCACUGGCGCGCAGAUAUGCUACCUGGGCACGGAGGAACAGCCGAUGUACGCGCGCCUACUGUCAUCCGAGCUGUCCAGCCUCAAUCGGGGCCUGCACGCCUGCAUAGUGUUCUAUGACAAGACUCUUGCGGAUGGAAAGGCAAUGUCACUCGAGGCAGUGCUGAAGCUGGCUAAGGCGUACGGCGUGCCCGUGGUGGUGGACGCGGCCGCGCAGGUUCCGCCGCGGUCCAACCUGUGGCACUGGACGGAGCGCGGCGUCGAUGCGGUCAUAUUCAGUGGUGGCAAGCAGCUCAGCGGCCCGCAGACCAGCGGCAUCAUCUUGGCCAAGGAGGAGCUGCUCGAGGCCAUGCGCCUCAACACGUCGCCGAACGAGUGCACCGUUUGCCGACCAAUGAAAUGCUCCAAGGAGGACAUGGUUGGACUGGUCACGGCUGUCGAGAAGUAUAUGCAGGGCUCGGAUGAUGAGGACUUUGCUCACUACAGGAAGGUGCUGGAGACUGUGACCAAGAGACUGAGCAAUGUACCAGGUAUCAGCAGGAUACGUGUUGUAGAGCGUUCAGACGGCGCGAUACAGCCCAGCUGCAUACCUAGACUGUACAUCGACCUGAACCCACCCGGACCGCACUUCUCCGAAGCGGGCCCUCUCCAGAGCAAAGGUGGCUUCAUGAAGGAUGAUGUAGACCAUGGCAGCCCAUUGACUGUUCGGCCGACCGACCCACCCAAGUCCCUUGCACACCGUCUUGCCAAUGGUCAGCCGUGUGUUGCCAUCAAUACCACCGCAACGGGCGUCAUCUUCAACCCGCAGCUGCUGCGACUGGACGAGGCCGCGCUGGCCAGUCAGCGCCUGGCGGAGGAGUGCCAGAAGAUGGUGCAGGUCGGCGAACUGCAGCCUGCUGACCAGUCCAAGCUGUAGUGGAACCCGCUUUACUACUAGUGCAUGCAGAUUUCCAAUCAGUGCAGAUGCUGAGCUUGCUGGCCAAAAUCAUUGCUCUGACUUUAAACUAGAUAGUAGAUUGGCCCUACACUGCGUCUACACUGUGUCCACACACAUGUUUACAGGCUAAGACUAGGAGGCUGCGAAAGACUCGGCCAUCAUUGUAAUGUUCCAACUGUUGCUGGCCCGCCCCUGGAGAUUUACUUGAAAUACCGACCAACCGUUUGCCAUAGCUGGUCUAUCGCACUCCAAAGUAACUGGUCCAUUACUAAUCUUUAUUCUACUUCAAAGUAUAGUAUUUCUGAGGUUUUACGGAUCACAUUUCGUAUGUACUGAGAACAUUGUUUCAUUCUAUUUCAGUGCAGUACUGCUAUUAUCACGCACAUGUAUGUACUUUGAAGUACAUGUGUUCAUGGUUGUGUAUCGUAUAUUAUUGUACAACUGACUCUUGCAAAAACAAGGAAAAAACACA